AGUAUAAAACUGCAUGCCAAAGAAUAAAUCAACCUUCAGAAUGCUCUAUAUAUAGGGAGAACCAACCAACCUCCUUCCUCACUCCUGCAUACAUAGUCUUAUGAACCACCAUUUGUAUAAUUAAAAAGAUACCAUAAUUAUCACUAAUGGCUUCAACACAGGGAUCGUCGCCUAGGACUAACGGGAAAGUAAUCACCAUACUUAGCAUUGAUGGAGGAGGGGUCCGAGGCAUUAUCCCUGCGGUCAUCCUAUACUCCCUUGAGGCCGAACUUCAGAGAAUUGAUGGCCCUAAUGCCAGGAUUGCGGAUUACUUUGAUGUCAUUGCUGGAACAAGCACAGGGUCAAUUGUUACAGCCUUGCUUACAACCCCAUAUACCCCUCCUAAUCCUCCUGCAAAUGCAUCCAAAACAAAUCCUCCUCCAAAUGCAUCCAUAACAAAUCGUCCCCGCGAAGCAAAAGAGAUCCCAGAGUUCUACAAGAAGCAUGGCCCGGCAAUCUUUCAAAAGAGAAAAGCCCCUCACAACAGCAACUCAGGUAGUUCGUUGAUGGCUGUCAUAGGAUUCUUUAAAGAUCAGCUGAAGGACAAGUUGGAAUCUUUCCUAAACAUUAGAUAUGAUAAUUCCACUCUUCAGCCACAGUGGAUGAAGAGGUGGGGACAAUUCGGUUGGCUGACACACUAACUGAUGUUCUUAUCCCUGCUUAUGAUAUUGAACACCGUAAACUAGUCACCUUCUCUUCUCACCAGGAAAGGAAUAAGGUGCCAAAGUCAUCAUUACCAUUGAGACAGGCAGUUUUGGGCUCAGCUGCAGCUCCAACUUAUUUCCCACGUCAUCAUUUCCAAGCUGAUGGCAAAAUUUACAACCUUGUGGAUGGUGGAAUGGCAGCCAACAAUCCUACAUUGCUUGCGAUUCGUGAAGCAAUCAAUAUAUUUGGGAGCCGAGAUGAUAAUAGGUACCUGGUUAUCUCCCUUGGUACUGGCGCUGAAGGAGAUCAUCAUGACUUUGUCAAUUUAGGCAGUCCGAUUGAUUGGAUAUUAGACCUUAAGAGAGGUAUUCCGCCAUUGGUCAGCCUGCUGUUUGAGACAUCAGCUGACAUGGUAGAUACAUACACAUCAAUUUUCCUUGGAGGUGGCCAGAAUUCUCGUCAUCAGUUUCUCCGAAUCCAGGACUAUACAUUGAAUCCUAAGCAGCUCAAAAUGGAUAAAGCAACUGAAGAUAACUUCAAUAACCUUAUUAAUAUCGCUAAGCAACUUCUAGAAAAGCCUGUUUCUUUCCCUAGCUCGUGGAUUGGUCUAGAGCCAACGACUACCAACAGAGACGCUCUGGGGAGAUUUGCUAACGACCUGUCCAAGAUAAGGGGUGAUGCUGCUAAAAAACUGUCAAGAAGAUAAGUGGUGAUUCUACUAAAAAACUCUGAUGAAAAGAAGACAAGUGGGAGCUUUUCGUCCUAUGGCACUGGCUUCUUAAUAUAUUCAAUCAUUCCUCUUCUAUUUCUCCUUUAUCUUUAUAAGCAAUAUGUUAUGUUUCACCAUUAAAAGGAGGAAAAAAACUCUUUGAAUUUGAUGUAUGGGGAUACAGUUAUUGCUAGUCCCUGUGAAAAAUAAUGGAUGUACAAUCCAAAUCUUAAUAAAUAAAGCUAUUUCAGA